UUGUUGCUAACAACAUUAUUUUUUUUCAGAUACUUCAGAGACGAACUUGGCCUUAUUUCGAUGCUAUGUUGUUUUUGAAAGACACGGUCACGCCCAGACAAACAACAACAAACAUCGUCUCCCAAACGCCAGAAGUUCUCGGACAAGAACCAGAUAUACUGGAUACUUCCUUUGGAUUCCAAAUAGGCGAGAGUGGGAACAUUAUAAUAGAAGAGCAAGAAACCACUGCCCCAACGCCGGCUAAGAGACAAAAGAAAAAAAACGAUGAGAACGCCGCCUUUAACGAUCUAGUCAACGAAGUAAGUCAGUUUGUGGAUAGUCAAAAAAAAAAACACACAACAAUUUCUUGGGUGCGAUUGGCGAAGUGUUUGAGAAGGUCCCAGAAGAGAGCCGCCUAGAUUUUCAAAUGGACGUACUUCAAUACGUCUAUGCUCAAUAUAAAAAUUAUAAAAAUUGAAUUUACGAAAUUUAAAAAUUUAAAUGACAUCCAGUUUGAUUUCAAAGGUUUGACUGAAAGGUAUAUUGUUUGUAACCACUAUACUGUGUAAAACGGUUUUAACUUAAAAGACUGAAUGAAAUAUAUGUUAUGUUAACGCCAUACUUACCUUGAACAAAAAUUAAUUUAAAAACCUGAAAGAUGUGACGACAUUUAAAACAUUACCAAUAAGUGCCCUCAUACUGUGAGUUCAAAUUUUUGUUUUCUAUCUUAAAUAAUAAAAACAAAGCAUAUUCAGUGAGUAGUAAUUAUUUAAAUUUUAUUGUUAAAAAGAUGUGUCUUCAGAGCAUCCCUUAAAUCAUAAUUAUUUGAACUGCCUCGGUUCGAUGACACCCUACUUAUUGAGGGCAAUGGAACUACUUCGUUUCGCCAUGAGCCAGCGAUGGUGGCAUCCUCUUCGUAGCGAUCAACAAAAUCGCUUGCUACAUAGUUUGCACACGAAAGCUUAAUAAAAUUAUGCAAGACAAUACAAGCUUUCACUAUUUGUUCUGCAUUUUUCGGGGCCAUGCAUAGCGUCGUUCUCAAUAUUCUCCAUUUGGCAGUGAGUAUUCCAAAUGCGUUUUCUAUAACUCUUCUUGCACGAGAGAGUCUUUUAUUGAAAUACUCUUGCUCUUCUGGAAUACCUCUACCCGGAUAUGGUCGCAUUAAAUAACGCCGUAAGGGAAAAGCAGCAUCUCCUACUAAAUAAUGUGGAAAUGGCUCGGUUUCUCCUGGCAGAGGCUGAUCAUGUGGAAGGCCGAGCCUAUCAUUUUCAAUAGCAUCUGCCAGUUUUGAAAAGUGGUAGACACCGCCAUCGCUUUGACUUCCAUAUGCUCCGAUGUCAACGCAGGUAAAGGUAUAAUUGGCAUCACAUACGGCCAAAAGCACGAUACUAUAAUUGCCUUUGUAAUUAUAGUACAUCGACCCUGAAUUCGCUGGACAGGUAAUAUUAAUGUGCUUUCCGUCGAUGGAACCAACGCAGUUGGGCAUAUUCCACAGCGACUUGAACUCAUUGGAAAUACGUCCCCAUUCCGUUUCUGACGGGGUCGCCACAUACAGGUCAGCUAACAGAUCCCAUAUGGUCAUACAUGUCUCCAACGUAAUCUUCCUGAAAGUCGUCAGGCCGAUCCUGUGAACUAUUGUGUGGAAUUGCCGAGUGCCACCGUGAGCCAAAUAUCUGCAACAAAAAAAUAAAACCAGAUACAUAUAUGGAAAAUUAUACGUAUACUAUUAAGUAAAACCGAUUUUCUCUUACAUCAGGGUUAUAAAUAGUCUGCAGCGGCUCGAUAUUGGUGUUCUGAUUGAAUAUUUGGUCAGCGAAGCCUCCAGAAAUUCGUGCAGCACAUUAAAUAACGAAAAGGGCAUUCUUAAUGUCUUGUUAAACUGCUCCUCAUCUGCAGCCAAGUUUCUUAAUGAACUUUCAAACAAUCCAUA